UAACCCUGUCUGUCAACCUAAUCAUGAAGAACACCUUGCCGUCGUAACAGAAUGUCUCAGCCGGAAACUUCAGCGGUGGAGGCUAUGGAGGAGGAGGUAGAUAGGAUCAGCAUUUUACCAGAUGAUAUCCUAGUUCACAUUCUCUCUCCUCUUCCCACCAAACAAGCCUUUGUGACUUCCGUUCUUUCAAAGAGAUGGAAGAAUCUAUGGUGUCUCGUUCCAGCUCUCGAAUUUGUCGGAACCAAAACGGUGACGGUAUCCAAAUACGUUGUUUCGCGACAAGCUGCUGGUAAUCAUUACAUGCAUAAUUGGGAAAGAAUAUACCCUGAAUUUCCUAAUACUAUCUUUACUAGAGAAACCCUUGUUAUUCUUAAGCUCAGUGAACUUUUUAUGGGUUCUGGGUUUUGUAAUUAUCUCAUAAGAUUACCCUCACUCAAAACCCUACAUCUGAAAGACAUUGAGUUUCAACAAUAUGGAGAUCUUGAUUGUCUUCUAGAGGGAUGUCCAGUUCUUGAAGAUCUUCAACUAUAUGAUAUAUCCUAUGUCUCUCUUCUCUUUUCCAACGCAUGCCGCAAAACCUUAACAAAGUUGAAUAGAGCAGAUAUUAUUCAAUGUGAUUGCGGGGUUCGGAUGAAAGCACUUUCAAAUGUGGAGUUUCUACACAUAAAACUAUCCAAGGGUUAUCUACAUUACGUCUUCCCUGCAUUCAAUAAUUUGACUCAUUUGGUGCUCAACUAUAGUCACAGUAUAGAUCUGCAGAUGCUCCACGAUUGCCCCAAGCUUCAAACUCUUGAACUUUAUCAGAAGAACCGAGGCAGCAUUAGGGGGGAUGGAAGUUAUGGUAAACAAGACUGGUCCGUUCCAAAAUCUGUUCCAUCUUGCCUUUUAUUAAACCUUACAACUUGCACUUUGCGGGACAUUGGAUUUCCAGACUUCCGUCAGCACAUUUUGUUAGCAAGAUAUAUUCUGAACAACUCAGCAGUUUUAGAAACUAUGUCAGUCGGGUGCUGCUGGAAUCUGUCUAAAAUAAAAGGAAAAUUAUUCUCAAGUUCAAGGGUGUCUGCAACAUGUAAACUCUCGGUUUAUUUGGAACAAUAUUAUUAAAGCGCAAAAAGACCAAGAACUGAGCAUCAUACCCAGAAAUUCAAAGGAAGUUAAAUCUUUUAAUGGCACUGGCAUAACCCUGUAGUAUGCUAAAACUCUGAUCAGUGCUAACAGUCUCUUCUUUUUGGUGGUUAAGACUCUGUUUUAUAAUAAACUUAUUUCUUUCCUAACUUUAUAUUAUACGUAAUUGUAAGUUUGUGUUUUGACCAUUGCUUUUAAGAUUCACAAAGUAUUCGAAAAUACUUAUGUUAUCCAUUUAUU